CUCAUUAAGUCAUUUUAUGACAUGCCUAGUAAUGGCAAACAAGAGAAAGAAAGAGACAUUAAGUCAAAGGAAGAACAGACAAAAGCAAGUGACACAAAAGUGCAAGUCAAGGAAGAUGUCAAGGAUCAGAAAGAUGUACAAGAUGAGAUGGAACUCAUUAGGUUUGAGAAAUCAUGUUAUAACAUGCCUAGUGAUGGCAAACAAGAGAAAGUAAGAGACAUUAAUUCAAAGGAGGAACAAGAAAGUGACACAAAAAUGCAAAUCAAGGAAGAUAUCAAAGAUCAGAAAGAUGUACAAGAUGAGAUGAAAUUCAUUAAGCUUGAGAAAUCAUGUUAUGACAUGUUUAGUGAUGGCAAACAAGAGAAAGAAAGAGACAUUAAUUCAAAGGAAGAACAAGCAAGUGACACAAAAAUGCAAAUCAAGGAAGAUAUCAAAGAUCAGAAUGAUGUACAAGAUGAGAUGAAACUCAUUAGGCUUGCGAAAUCAUAUUAUGACAUGCCUAGUGGUGGUAAACAAGAGAAAGAAAGAGACAUUAUUUCAAAGGAGGAACAAGCAAGCAACACAAAAAUGCAGAUAAAGGAAGAUGUACAAGAUGAGGUGGAACUCAUUAGGCUUGAGAAAUCAUUUUAUGACAUGCCUAGUGAUGGCAUGCAAAAGAAGGAAGAAUUCAGUUCAAAGGAGGAACAAGCAGAUGACGAAAAAAUACAAAUCAAAGAGGAUAUCAAAGCUGAGAAAGAUCAAAGUUUGUCAGACUUAUUGAGAGAUUUAGGGAUAUUAGGGAGCAGAGAAGGAGAGGAUAAAACAUCUGGUACUGGAAAUAAACCAUAUAGUUGCAGUGAUGUUCCUCAGAAAAGUGAAGCAACUGGAAUUAUAUCCAUUGCUGGUGAGGAGAAUGCAUCUGAUUCAAAUUUGUUAACGCAUAAUGAACAGUAUGUGAAUAAGGUGGCUGGUGCUAUCAGUUGUAAUCAGUUGGAGUUUGCUUCAACAAAAUGUGAAGAAACAAAUUUAAUGUGGGGAUUGGACAAUAUCACAAAAUACCAUGAGCACCUGCAUAGCCGUGAGUCUGCAUCAUCAUCACCUAACAGCAGUCAUCUGUUGGAUUUUGUAUCAAAUGAACAGGAAGUUUUCCAAGAAACAAGGUAUUGUUCUUCUGAUGACUGUCAGAUUGAUGUCUGCUUAAAGGAACUCAAGGAAGGCACAGCAACAGUGGGUUUGGCAGAUGAAAGGAAUGAUAAUGGCUUGAAGCUGAAAGAUCACAGAGACAAUCAGAAAAUCAUUUCACCAAUAGUGACACCAGAUGGCAAGAAUACUGACAAUUCUCUGCUAAAACAAGGAUACAGAAAGGUAGUAGAAAGUAACAUAACAACGCUGGAGGAUGACCACAUGAUAAAUGAAUGUGACAGAAUUGAAAAGGGAAAAGAGUCUUCAAUGACUCCACAGAGCAGAAAUACAUCAAGUGCUUGUUCCAUGGAUGAAGUUUUUGACAAGAUAAUAAGCAACUUGGUUGAUGACCAUCAACCUGAUGCUAAUAGUUCUGAUGAAGCUGUUAAAGCUGACAAACCUAAACAGAUGAAGGAUUUGAUAACCUUCUCUGACAGUGAGGAUUCUGACUCCUAUGUCAGCAGGUGGGUUAGUGGUGUCAUAAGCAAGCAAUUAGUCAAUUUACAGGAGGAAAUUUUUGGGAGGACGAAACAACAUCAAUCAGUUAUUGACAUUGAUGGAAGUUCUGUUGAUCCAGUUUUGACCACUUCACAUACAUCUGUGUUGCCAGAAAUGGAAGUUUGCCAAUUAAAGGAACUGGCAUUUAAUAUUGACAUUGGCCCACACACCUCCAAUAAUGAAGUUGACAAACAUCCUUCUGAUGACAUUUAUGCAGUCAUGCACCCUGCUGUUGAUGGCAAACAUUUGUCUGAUGUCAAUGAUGGUAAUAGCAAACAUUUAGCUGUUAAUGGUAAAAUUGAAAAAGGUUUUCCUGCUGUCAAUGGUGAGGAUGAACAGAAUAAUUCCAUUGACAUUGGUGAUGGCAAACAUCCUUCUGCUGUUGAUAAUGAUUGUGCAAAGUGUCCUUCUGAUGUCGGAGGUAUUGCUAUCAAUCAUACUUCUGCUGUUAAUGUCAGUGCUGACAUACAUCCUGAUAAUACUGGCAAAGAUCAUUCUGAUGUUUCUGAUGAUGAUGGAAAACAUCCUGUUGUUCAUGGUGUCCUUUCUGCUGUUAAUGAUGAGCGUGUAAAAAAUCCAUCUACUGUCAAUAGUGGCAAUAGCAAACAUCUUUCUGCUGUUGAUGAAGAUUCUGGGAAAUGCAAUUUUGAUGCCAGUGAUGAUACUGGCAAACACUCUGCUAUUAAUAAUGAUGUUGAAAAGAAAGUUGUUUCUACUGUUGAGGAUCUUAAAACCAUUAAUUUAUGUAUCAAUGUUGGUGAUACUAAAAAUUCUGUUUCUCUUGAGGACGGUGCUACCAUACAUGCUUCUGCUUGUAAUGACGAUGCUGGUAAACAUCCUUCUGUUCUUGAUGCUGGCAACCAACCUAGAGCUGUCAAUGAAGAUAAUCCUGGUAAACUUCCUUUUGCUGUCAAUGAUGAUACUGAUUAUCAUCUUUCUACUCAGGAUAAUGAUGCCGGCAAACUCCAUGCUGUCACCGAUAAUACUGGUAAACAUCCAUCUUUUCCUGAUGGGGCUGCUUCUGAUAUUGAUGAUGCUAGAAAACAACCUUUAGAUGCUAAUGAUAAUGAUAGCUUGGAUAUUUCAUUUCUUGAUGUAAAGACAAAUAAAUUGUCAUGGUUUGAACUAACAGAGCAUGAGGAUGAAUUUGACCUAUUUCCAGUGCAAACUGGAUUUCCAAAGAAGGCACCAGAAAAUAUGACAUUAAGUGCCAGUCAAGCUACUGUAGAAGAGGUUCAGUGUGAUCAAGCAGAAUGUCAGCUUGAAAAUUCUAAACCUUCUUUUGAAAUUCAAGAUUCCAAUGAAACUAAUUGGAUCCAGUGUCAAGAACAACAAAAGUUGGGAGAGAGAGAAGGUGAAUUUGAUGACCUACCAGAGUUGGAAUGUCUGAUAACAGCUCCAAGCUUUGUCCCGGAGGCCUCUGAUAAUGUGCCAAAAUUAGACAUUGCAAUUGACAGCAAUGAUGGUACACAUUUGAUGUGGACCUCAGAUGAGCCACCUCCUCUCAUUGAGCUUGUAGAAGAUGGCCCACCUCCUCUGCUAGAAUAUACAUACCCCUAAGAUGAUCACUGUAGACAAAUGAAAUUUAAGAUUUAUGUGAAUGGACCAAAUAAAUAUACAUCAAUGUAUUUUCAUUCAUAUACUAUUUUAUCUCUUGAUAAUAUAUUAUUACUAUCUCUUGAAAAUUAAUUAAUUGUUUACAUAUUCAGCUGUAGAGCUUUCAAUAAAGAAGACAGUAUUAAUAAAAGCUAGCCACUGGGAAUAGACAGUAUUAAUAGGGUGGCUUAGCCUUAUACGAUUCAUAUACGUGCUGAAAUGUCUUUUUAAGUUCUUUGUAACACAGUCAUGUUCGUGUGUUGCUAGCUAGGCUGGCUUUAAAAAAAUGCUAUUUUUGUUUUAAAAAUAUAGUUUAUUUUAUUUGUUACAGUGGCAGCUUUAUAUAUUUGUAUUAUAAAGACUAUGUAUGAGUUCUUUGUAAUAGUCCUGUCUGUAUGUUACUAGAUUUAAAAAUGCAAUUUUUUGUUUAAAAGAAAAUGAUAGUUUAUUUUAUUCUGUAUAGUAGCAGCUCUAUAUUUUCUAUGGUACAAAGAUGAUUUAAAUUUUUUACAAACAUCAGUGUCGACAUUUUUAGUGUUAUUACUCAAUAUUUUAAAAUUAAUGCUAUACAACUCAAUCGCUUUCAAUACAAUUAACAGUAUUACAUACCUCAUAAAUAUAGAUAACAAAAUUUCAUUGUUCAGUAGUAGCUUUAUAGUUUUAUCAUAUGUAUUCAAUAAUAUAAGGUGAAUUAAAUUGAACACAUUUUUUUUUUCUCUCCUUAAAUUGGACCUUAUUAUUUUGAAUAUUUUUUCUUUUAAAUUGAACAAUAUUCCAUUAAUAUUAUUUUCUUUUUUUGUAUUUUAAUUUUUUUUAAUAUAAUUUAGUUGAUACCAAUUAGAAAAUUGAACAAUAUUCCAUUAAAAAUGGUUUUUUUUCUUUGUAAUAAUUUAAUUUUUUUAAAUAUAAUUUUGUUAUUAUUUGAUGCCAAUUAGAAACAUUUCGUUGCUUUGUAUUUAUGAAAAUACAGCACCACCUAGACCCAUCUGUGUCCAUUUAAUCAGUUGUUCAUGAACAUUUUUGCAUAGUAUACCCCUUGUCAAUGUGUAAAUGUUAUAUUGUUACCGCCUAUAUAUUGUCUUUGUAGAUUGUAGUAGUUAAUAACCACCAGCACUAUCGUUUAUUUGUUCCUCCACCAGCACCAAUCCAACCUGUUCUUAAGUCCUGUCUAAACUUUCAAACUUUAUUUGACAAAAACAUGUGACAUGCCUAAAUAUGGUCAUGAUGACAUCACUUCAUGACCAUAUGUGGCAAAGACAAGCCAAACCAGUCACUCGUCGCAAAUCGUGUUUCAGAGAAA